AUGAGCAAUUAUCUCACCGAUUAUUCUCAAACUCUCUCUCGGGGAACGUUUGAUCAUACGGUCAUGAAUACAUUUGCGUUCGGAUCGGGUUCACGAGGUACUUCUUUGGGAGUGAAUACUUCAGGAGGAAAUGUUAAAACCGUUUCGCAAUUAACUGCUCUUUAUGAAGCCAUUCGGAACAAACCCAUCAAUACAGAGACGAGUGGAAUCUUGUCGAAACGAUCUCAAUAUGCUUCACCUCAUUCCGAUGAAUUUAUUUUAGAUAUUGCUUGUGGUGAAUCAAUCAGUGGAUUUUUGACUUCUCAUAAUCGAGUAUUUAUUUCGGGAGAUACUGAUUUGCAAGGUGGAAUUCAUAGCUGUAUCGAUUUGAGUGUAAUUAAAGAAAAGGAAGGAUCGUGUGUGGUUCGGCAAGUGGCAGUCGGAAGUAGUAUGUUUUGUAUUGUCACAGAAAAUGGAACGGUUUGGACGACGAUGACCCGAAGUGAAGGACUUCAACGUUUGUAUUUUGAAAAACAUGAUCGUACUGUGGAUCUUUCUGUGAAAAUCAAAUAUGUGUCAUGUGGAUUGUCUCAUAUUAUGGCUCUCAGCGAAAAUAAUGAAGUUUACAGUGCCGGAUUUACAAGCUAUGGAUGUUCAGGAAUGAACUUGGGAGCUCACAAUUCACACUCACAACAUCGAAAUGGAGUCAAAGUUAAAAUUCCACUCGUGCCCGGAGAUGAAGUCCGUGAUGUCUAUGCUGCCUAUUACAGAACUUUGAUUGUGAGCAAGAUGGGAUAUAUUUAUACAACAGGAUGGGGAGUUUAUCAUCAACAGGGUCUUGGAGAUGACACAUCCAAUUUGGAAAACUUUGUAUUGCAUGAGCCAAUGAAAAAGACAGGUGAAAAAGUUGUGAAAGUGGCACUUGGCGCUCUUCACACAAUUGCACUUACAGAAUCAGGAAAGGUUUUCGGUUUUGGAUUUAACAGCUAUGGACAGUUAUUUGCAACCAAUGGAGAUGAACUUUAUCCAAAAUAUUUACCUUUACCCAAACCAAUCAAAGACAUUCAUUGUGGGUGGCAUUACUCUAUUUUUGUGACUAGUGACAAUCAGUUCUAUGGAUGUGGAGCCAAUUCCAGUGGAGAAUUGGCAGCAACAGGAAAGGACCCUCAAAAUAUUGCUACACCCUCUCUCAUGACAUUACCAACUGUUCCCAACGUCUCACCAACAGAUUUAUCAUGGAGAGUCUUUGCAUGCUCGUUCAGUUCCAAUACUUACUUUUUGGGACAAUUGACAGUUUCGAAACGAUUCCAAUGGAUGCAACAACGAUUGAAAAUUGCAGCCAAAGAAACCAAUGCCUUCUCAGAUGUGACCAUGCUCGUGAAUCAUUGUGAUCAGCACACUUCCAUGCAACAAUGA